CUCUAUCCCUGCUUCAAACGCAUAUUCCACAGGGAGAGAGAGAGUGAGCAAGACCUGCGAGGAGCGGAACGAACGAAAAAAGGCGAACGACAAAUGGCACUCAUGGCUGGGAUUUUGUUUACGGCGACCUUUGUGCUGCUUGGGAUUUCUACGUCAGUUUCUUCGGCACGGAUUUACCCUCCAAAUGAAGUGACGUUACUGGACUCCAGAUCCGUAGCGGGGGAGUUGGGCUGGGUCGCCAACCCAACAGAAGGAGGGUGGGAGGAGGUGAGCAUCAUGGAUGAGAAGAACAUUCCCAUCAGGACGUACCAGGUGUGUAAUGUCAUGGAACCCAACCAGAACAACUGGCUUAGAACGGACUGGAUCCUCCGAGGUGGCGCCCAGCGUGUCUACAUCGAGAUCAAGUUCACCCUGCGCGACUGUAACAGCCUCCCUGGUGUCAUGGGAACCUGCAAGGAGACCUUCAACCUCUACUACUACGAGUCCAACAACGACAAGGAGCGCUACAUCAGAGAGAACCAGUUUGGAAAGAUCGACACAGUGGCGGCCGACGAGAGCUUCACCCAGGUGGACAUCGGAGAUCGCAUCAUGAAGCUGAACACGGAGGUCAGGGACGUCGGAGCCUUGACCCGGAAGGGUUUCUACCUGGCCUUCCAGGACGUGGGAGCCUGCAUCGCCCUGGUGUCUGUCAGGGUGUUCUAUAAGAAGUGUCCCAUGGCCGUGAGGAACCUGGCCCAGUUCCCUGACACCAUCACCGGGGCCGACACCUCCUCACUGGUGGAAGUCCGAGGAUCCUGCGUGCAUAAUUCUGAGGAGCGUGACGUUCCCAAAAUGUACUGCGGGGCGGACGGAGAGUGGCUGGUGCCUAUCGGGAACUGCCUGUGUAACCCGGGAUUCGAGGAGAGGAACGCUAAAUGCCAGGCCUGUAAGAUUGGCUACUACCGUGCCCUGGCCACAGACGGUGCCUGCUCCAAGUGUCCUCUCCACAGCUACUCUGUCAGAGAGGGAUCUACAUCCUGUGCCUGCGACAAGAGCUACUUCCGCUCUGAGACUGACCCUGCAUCCAUGCCCUGCACUAGACCCCCGACGGCCCCGCUCCACCUCAUCUCCAACGUCAAUGAGACAUCGGUCAACUUGGAGUGGAGCGCUCCUCUCUCCUCUGGCGGACGCCAAGACCUCAGCUACAACGUGGUGUGUAAACGCUGUGGGCCCGAGGGGACACGGUGUCAGCCCUGUGGGAACGGGGUCCACUUCAGCCCCCAGCAGCUGAGCCUCAGGGCCACCAAGGUGUCUAUCAAUGACCUGCAGGCUCACACUAACUACACCUUUGAGAUUUGGGCUGUUAACGGGGUCUCCCAGCAGAGCCCUGGACCUGAGCAGGCCGUGUCGGUGACGGUCACUACCAACCAGGCCGCACCGUCUCCCGUCAACUCGAUCCAAGCCAAGGACAUCACCAGACACACCAUCUCCCUGGCCUGGCAGCAGCCUGAGAAAGCCAACGGGGUCAUCCUGGAAUACGAGGUCAAAUACUAUGAGAAGGACCAGAAUGAGAGGAGUUAUCGCAUUAUCAAGACGUCGUCCAGGAACACCGACAUCAAGGGCCUGACCCCUCUGACCUCCUAUGUGUUCCAUGUGCGCGCUCGCACCGCCGCCGGCUACGGAGAGUUCAGCGCUCCUUUCGAGUUCAUGACCAACUCUGUUCCAGCUCCUAUCAUCGGAGAGGGGACUAACUCCACAGUGUUGCUGGUGUCUGUGGUGGGCAGUGUUGUUCUCCUCCUCAUACUCAUCAGUGCCUUCGUCAUCAGCAGGAGAAGGAGUAAGUACAGUAAGGCCAAGCAGGAUGCUGAUGAAGAGAAACACCUUCACCAAGGAGUGAGGAUAUACGUAGACCCCUUCACCUACGAGGACCCCAACCAGGCUGUCCGAGAGUUUGCCAAGGAGAUCGACGCUUCCUGUAUCAAGAUUGAGAAAGUCAUUGGCAUCGGUGAGUUUGGGGAGGUGUGCAGCGGUCGUCUGAAAAUGCCAGGGAAGAGGGAGAUUUGUGUGGCCAUUAAAACCCUGAAGGCGGGAUACACCGACAAGCAGAGGCGGGACUUCCUGUCUGAGGCCAGUAUCAUGGGCCAAUUCGACCAUCCAAACAUCAUUCACCUGGAGGGAGUGGUCACCAAGUGUAAACCAGUGAUGAUUAUCACAGAGUACAUGGAGAAUGGCUCGCUGGAUGCAUUUCUGAGGAAGAAUGACGGGCGUUUCACAGUGAUCCAGCUGGUGGGCAUCUUGCGUGGCAUCGCGUCGGGCAUGAAGUACCUGUCUGACAUGAGCUACGUCCACAGAGACCUGGCCGCACGCAACAUCCUGGUCAACAGCAACCUGGUGUGUAAGGUGUCUGACUUCGGCAUGUCCAGAGUCCUGGAGGACGACCCCGAGCCUGCUUACACCACCAGGGGAGGGAAGAUCCCCAUUCGCUGGACAGCCCCAGAGGCCAUCGCCUACAGAAAGUUCACCUCGGCCAGCGACGUGUGGAGCUACGGCAUUGUCAUGUGGGAAGUGAUGUCAUACGGAGAGCGGCCAUAUUGGGACAUGAGUAACCAGGAUGUGAUCAAGGCCAUAGAUGAGGGGUACAGGCUGCCCCCACCUAUGGACUGCCCCGUGGCAUUGCACCAGCUGAUGCUGGACUGCUGGCAGAGGGAGAGGGGCGAUAGGCCCAAGUUUGGCCAGAUCGUCAACAUGCUGGACAAACUGAUCCGGAAUCCCAACAGCCUGAAGAGGACUGGAGGAGAGACCACACGACCCAGCACCACCCUCCUGGAGCCGGUCAGCCCGGAGGUGGCCUCGGCGCUGGGCUCUGUGGAGGACUGGCUGCAGGCCAUCGGCAUGGAGAGAUACAGUGACAACUUCACCGCAGCAGGAUACACCACCCCAGAGGCUGUGGUUCAUAUGACACAGGAGGACAUGGGCCGAAUGGGAAUCUCUUCAGCUGCACACCAGAAUAAGAUCCUGACCAGCGUCCAGGGAAUGCUCUCCCAAAUGCAACAGAUACAAGGCAGAAUGGUUCCGGUCUGAUCCACAAGAAGGAUAUGACUUCAUUUCUUACGAUAAUAAAAAAUUAAAUAUCAAAAGACAAAUGAACGAUAAAAUGGUUUACCUCAUCCAUGCACUUUAAAUUGGAUUUAAAAGAAGAAGAAGAAAAGUGGGAAAAAAUUGCACUUUUUGUCAGACGUUAGACCCUAUUGAGAACGGGAUAUUUUUCUGUCUGAGGGGCGCUGGGAAUAGGACGGACGGAAAGCUUUUUUGAGAGGCCAACUGGAGUGCCUUCACCGGUCUGGAAGGAAUUCAGAGGGGAUCGCUCCUCUGGGCAGAAGUCAUGUUUCUGGAACGUUCUUUCUGGAAUACCUCCAGAGCAGUAAUUGUGUUAAGUUGUGUAUGUAUGAAUUGUUCUCUGUGACUCGCUGCCAUUCCCUCCAUUGUCUUUCUCAGCUGGAUCCGUUCUAACAACAGCAUGGAGGAUUCCAACCUCGAGAUAAACACUGAUGUUCUGAAUCUGAGAGGUUAAGGGAGGGAUUCAGGAGGGAGGGGAAGUGGGAUCUGUGUUUUUGCUCUGUUCUGGUCUUGUUUUUCCCAGAUUGGGCUGUUUUGUUGCCCUCAGGACAUUGAGCAUUUUCUCAGAAUGUCUUUGAUCUAAAGAGGUGCAUUGCUACCCCUUGUCCUCCCAAACCAACAUCUCACCCCUCCGAAAACAUUUUAUUUGGAUCAUCUUUCAUCAGCCCCUCUGGAUUUACAGCCCGCCCCCCUGGGUCUGAUUAUUGCUUUUUGUUUUUUGACAGACAGCUGUUUGGACCAGUUGGAUUCUUACUGUGUAUUUGUUUCCUGAACGUAAAAAUGAGAGCAAAGGAGUAUGGGAUUUAUUUGAGCACAACUGCAGAGAGAUGGAUAUGUAACAAAAAACAAUGACAACGACAUCAAAAUAAACAAGAGAAUACAUGCUGGACAUUAAUCAAUCAUCAAUCACCACGCUGCCCCCGUCUAUCAUCAACAGGAUUCCUCCCUCUCUCCCCAUGACCAGAAUUCCUCUUCUUCUCCUUGGAGUCUCCUCCAACUCCAAGAUGAGAAAUCCAUCUCUCCAUGUCUGGCACAUCUCGUUGUUCGCCGUCGCUACGUUUUUCAGAACGGACAAACAGACUAGGGCUCCAUGACCUCCACCAACAGCUUACAGAAACAAUAGGAAUGAUUCAGCAACACUUAAAAAACAUACAAAUAAUGUAAUAUAAACUAGACCCGCCUCCAGCAGAUGAUGUAGUUGUUUUAUGAAUUUUGAAGUUGAUUCUCCUUUGUGUUUUUGGGUAGCAUGUAAAGUGAGUGUAUGGUAACAGCGACCAUGUGGUAGUGUGAUGAGUGUGCACCAUGUGUGUUUGAGUGAAUGUGUGUGUGUGUGUGUGUGUGUGUGUGUGUGUGUGUGUGUGUGUGUGUGUGUGUGUGUGUGUAUGACUGUCUAUGAUGUCUUCAAAGUACUAUCGAUAGUUGUCUGUUUUUAUGCCAGAUUUGUUUUUGGAAUCUCAUGAAUGACUUAGUAACUACAGAAACAAUGUAAAGUGUGCCACUACUCGUGCUUUGUCAAUCCUCUUCAGCAACAGCAGUUAAAGAGGUUUGCGGUUUUCAACACACCCUUAACCGCAUUGGCUUUAGUAGUGGGAUCCAGUUGGAUAUAUGGACAAUGGCCUCCUAUACUGACAGAAACACAGAAGGACAGACGGACAGUCAGCGGCAUAGGCUCUCUCAUUAGAAAGUAGAGUGGACUUUCCGAGCUGAAGCAAAGACACUGCGGAACCAUCUUUCUGGAUUUUGAGCAGGGGAUGUUUUAAAAAGACGCACCUACAGUAUAUAGUCAACAAGGACUUGAUGCUGGGAAGGGUGAUAAGAAGGGAUAAUCAUUGGUCUCGUUUCAUUUGUAUUUUUACAGAUAUGCACCACAUGACAGUCAGGUUUCAUUCAAUGGACUUAUUUUUUUAUAUACAACUGUUAAUAUCUGAAUGUUUUUCUGAUCAUAUGUGAUGGUUGACAUACUACAGAUUCCUCCGUCCUCCAUACCAGUCCAGCUCAAUGAUCCUCCAUACCAGUCCAGCUCAAUGAUCCUCCAUACCAGUCCAGCUCAAUGCUCCUCCAUACCAGUCCAGCUCAAUGCUCCUCCAUACCAGUCCAGCUCAAUGCUCCUCCAUACCAGUCCAGCUCAAUGCUCCUCCAUACCAAUCCAGCUCAAUGCUCCUCCAUACCAGUCCAGCUCAAUGCUCUUCCAUACCAGUCCAGCUCAAUGCUCCUCCAUACCAGUCCAGCUCAAUACUCCUCCAUACCAGUCCAGCUCAAUGCUCUUCCAUACCAGUCCAUCUCAAUGCUCCUCCAUACCAGUCCAGCUCAAUGCUCCCCCAUACCAGUCCAGCUCAAUGCUCUUCCAUACCAGUCCAGCUCAAUGAUCCUCCAUACCAGUCCAGCUCAAUGCUCCUCCAUACCAGUCCAGCUCAAUGCUCCUCCAUACCAGUCCAACUCAAUGCUCCUCCAUACCAGUCCAGCUCAAUGCUCCUCCAUACCAGUCCAGCUCAAUGCUCCUCCAUACCAGUCCAGCUCAAUGCUCCUCCAUAGCAGUCCAGCACAAUGCUCCUCCAUAGCAGUCCAGCUCAAUGCUCCUCCAUACCAGUCCAGCCCAAUGCUCUUCCAUACCAGUCCAGCUCAAUGAUCCUCCAUACCAGUCCAGCUCAAUGCUCCUCCAUACCAGUCCAGCUCAAUGCUCCUCCAUACCAGUCCAGCUCAAUGCUCCUCCAUACCAGUCCAGCUCAAUGCUCCUCCAUACCAGUCCAGCUCAAUGCUCCUCCAUACCAGUCCAGCUCAAUGCUCCUCCAUACCAGCCCAGCUCAAUGCUCCUCCAUACCAGUCCAGCGCAAUGCUCCUCCAUACCAGCCCAGCUCAAUGCUCCUCCAUACCAGUCCAGCGCAAUGCUCCUCCAUACCAGCCAAGCUCAAUGCUCCGCCAUACCAGCCCAGCUCAAUGCUCCUCCAUACCAGCCCAGCUCAAUGCUCCUCCAUACCAGCCCAGCUCAAUGCUCCUCCAUACCAGUCCAGCGCAAUGCUCCUCCAUACCAGCCCAGCUCAAUGCUCCUCCAUACCAGUCCAGCGCAAUGCUCCUCCAUACCAGCCAAGCUCAAUGCUCCUCCAUACCAGCCCAGCUCAAUGCUCCUCCAUACCAGUCCAGCGCAAUGCUCCUCCAUACCAGCCAAGCUCAAUGCUCCUCCAUACCAGCCAAGCCCAAUGCUCCUCCAUACCAGCCCAGCUCAAUGCUCCUCCAUACCAGUCCAGCGCAAUGCUCCUCCAUACCAGCCCAGCUCAAUGCUCCUCCAUACCAGUCCAGCUCAAUGCUCCUCCAUACCAGCCAAGCUCAAUGCUCCUCCAUACCAGCCCAGCUUAAUGCUCCUCCAUACCAGCCAAGCUCAAUGCUCAUCCAUACCAGCCCAGCUCAAUGCUCCUCCAUACCAGCCCAGCUCAAUGCUCCUCCAUACCAGCCAAGCUCAAUGCUCAUCCAUACCAGCCCAGCUCAAUGCUCCUCCAUACCAGCCCAGCUUAAUGCUCCUCCAUACCAGUCCAGCUCAAUGCUCCUCCAUACCAGCCAAGCUCAAUGCUCCUCCAUACCAGCCCAGCUCAAUGCUCCUCCAUACCAGUCCAGCGCAAUGCUCCUCCAUACCAGCCCAGCUCAAUGCUCCUCCAUACCAGUCCAGCUCAAUGCUCCUCCAUACCAGUCCAGCUCAAUGCUCCUCCAUACCAGCCAAGCUCAAUGCUCCUCCAUACCAGCCAAGCUCAAUGCUCAUCCAUACCAGCCCAGCUCAAUGCUCCUCCAUACCAGCCCAGCUCAAUGCUCCUCCAUACCAGCCAAGCUCAAUGCUCAUCCAUACCAGCCCAGCUCAAUGCUCCUCCAUACCAGCCCAGCUUAAUGCUCAUCCAUACCAGUCCAGCUCAAUGCUCCUCCAUACCAGCCAAGCUCAAUGCUCCUCCAUACCAGUCCAGCUCAAUGCUCCUCCAUACCAGUCCAGCUCAAUGCUCCUCCAUACCAGCCCAGCUCAAUGCUCCUCCAUACCAGCCAAGCUCAAUGCUCAUCCAUACCAGCCCAGCUCAAUGCUCCUCCAUACCAGCCCAGCUCAAUGCUCCUCCAUACCAGCCAAGCUCAAUGCUCAUCCAUACCAGCCCAGCUCAAUGCUCCUCCAUACCAGUCCAGCUCAAUGCUCCUCCAUACCAGCCAAGCUCAAUGCUCCUCCAUACCAGUCCAGCUCAAUGCUCCUCCAUACCAGUCCAGCUCAAUGCUCUUCUCAUUGGUGAAGUUGGGUUUUAAUCCAUCAAGGACCUGUCAUGUGGAAAUAUGCAAGAAGUGUGAGGAAAGGGAAACAGAAUGUACUGUAUAAUACUUUUUCAUUUAGUUACUGAUGAAAAAACCUAACAAAACACAAAUGAAUGUUUGUCAUUGUAUGCCUUCUGAUACCAUAUGAUCCAGCCAUGCACACUAACACUAUCAAUCUCUUUUUUUAAUGCUUUUUUUUCUAUUAUUAUUUUUGUUCAUUCAAUUUUUUUUGGUCAAGGAUUUUAGGUACAUGUAACUUAUGUCAUUAUUUAUGGUCUUUUAUAUCUAGUUUGUAAAAUUAUAGCAAAAGUGAAGAAAAUGAAGGGUUGUCAUAUGGUGCAUUCUUAUUAAAGUAGAAACCAUC